AUGGCUCACUCCAGUUUGAGAGGCGAGCCCGUCUAUACGAAUGGGGUCAAGGUAGGAGACCGGAUCGAGUUCCCCAAGACCCCUGCAUUCAGCAACUUCGCCGCUCCAGCCCGGUUCGAGGGUCAGAUCAUGGAGCUCGAGGUCGAGGGGACCAUCCCCGGCGCCGUGGAGGGAACGUAUUACCACGUCUCGAUGGACCAUCGCUUCCCACCCAAGUUCCAAGACGACAUUCUCUUCAAUGGUGACGGCUGCGUAGCGGCAUUCCGCAUCAGCGAAGGCCACUGUGACUGGAAGCGACGGUUUGUUCAGACAGACCGCUACCAUGUCGAGACUGCUGCCCGCAAGAGUCUUUUUGGGCGGUACCGAAACCCGUAUACGGACGAUGAAUCCGUGCAGGGCGUCAUCCGGACAGCUGCAAAUACAAACGUGGUCUUCUGGCGCGGCGUAAUCCUGGCUUGUAAAGAGGACGGACCACCCUUUGCGUUAGACCCGGAGACGUUGGAGACGAUCGGCCGGUAUGACUUCGACGGCCAGGUCCUUGCGCCGACCUUUACGGCACACCCGAAGAUCGACCCCAAGACGCAGUCAAUGCUCACCUUCGCAUACGAGGCCGGUGGUAAUGGCAAUGAUGGGUCGAGGGAGAUUGCUUUCUACGAGAUCGACGCAGAUGGUCGGAAGACGGAGGAGGUCUGGUUCGAGGCCCCUUACUGCGGUUUUAUCCAUGAUUUUGGCUUUACCGACAACUUUAUUAUCCUGCCUCUCACCCCGCUUAAAAUGGAUCUCGACCGACUGAAGAAGGGUGGUGCCCACUGGGCCUGGGAUCCGUCCGAGUACCAUUAUUUCGGGAUCGCUCCUCGCCAUGGGGCCAAGAAGGAGGAUAUGGUCUGGAUCCGCCACCCGAAUGCCUUCCAGGGCCAUGUCGCCGGCCACUACGAGAAGGACGGGAAGUUGAUCUUCGACCUGACCAUGGCCAACGGCAACCUGUUCUGGUGGUUCCCCCCCGAGGGGAAAGACCCUGAGCCGCCGAGCGCUCGCAGCGCCGUGUCCUCACCUAUGACGCGGUAUAUCUUCGACAUCAAAGAUAUGUACAACAUCACUGAGAUCAUGCCUGCGUUCCAAUGCCCGACUUCGGCUGAGUUUUCCCGAAUCGACGAUCGGUUUCUAGGCCAGUACUACAAGAAUUUCUGGGUCUUGGGGAUCGAUAUGGCAAGAUCGUACGAUUUAGAGAGAUGCGGACUUACUCCUUCCGGCCGUUUUAACCUCCUCGUGCACUACAAUUGGGAGACCGCGAAGGAAACCAUCUUCUGGCCUGGCCCUACCACUGUGUUCCAAGAACCCUGUUUUGUGCCAGAGUCAGACGAUGCCCCGGAAGGAGAAGGGUACCUGGUUGUCGUGGUGAAUCGGAUGGACGUUAAGUUGAACGAACUAUGGAUUUUCGAGGCCCAGGCAAUUCAAAAGGGCCCUAUUGCGAAGGUCAAAUUGCCCCUUCGGCCUGGAGUUGCGUUUCAUGGGAACUUCGUCGACGCUCGUGAUAUCAAGGAAUUUGCACGGCGAAGAGCUGCUGGAGGGGAUCUCGGCCCAGCCACUGCGGCUCGACAGCCUCUUCCAUGGCAAACUCUUGCUGGCCAGCCGUAG